AUGCGUGUCCAAAAUAUUCUCCUGGUGAUUUCCUCAGUUCUAUCCCUUGCCCUUGCUGCGCCUGUGGCACAGCCAGACUCAUCAGUAAUCGUUACCAGAGAUGGCGAAUUCGAGGCUCGCGACAUGUUCCUUAGCAGGGAAGCAUCUCCCGAAGCCAACCCCCGCUUCAGAUCGCCCGCCUGGAAGCGCGAGGCUGAGCCUGGUCGCUGGCCCCCUUCGUGGAAGCGUGAGGCCGAGGCCGAGCCAGAGGCAUGGAGGGCCGACUGGAAGCGUGAAGCAGAGGCAGAGCCCGAAGCAUGGAGAGCUGAUUGGAAGCGCGAGGCAGAGGCCGCACCGGAGGCGUGGAGGGCGGAUUGGAAACGUGAAGCAGAGGCAGCGCCUGAGCCAGAGGCCUGGAGAGCCGACUGGAAACGGACACCCCGCCCACCUGCCUGGAAGCGCGACGCCGCUCCCUCACCUCCCGACUGGUGA